CUCACCUCAACUUCCACCACUGAGGACAAAGGGCGAGGGGCUGGGAUAUGACCACAUGGCAAGGCCUCUUACUUCAGGUUCUGAGAGAGCAUCAGCUACUACCAAGCCUAUUCAGCUGACAAGAUGCAGGUCAAUCUUCUGUCUCAGGACAACAGCUGGAGACACAAACACCACAAGAGCAGCAUCAAGUCCUUGGGCAGGAAAAGAAGCCCUGCCCCGACAGUUUGGCGCAUCUAUUGCUCAACCUUCCACCCCAGCCGGCAUGAGAAGCUGAGUCUCCAUCCUCAGCGAGAGAACAGAGAGCCUGCUGUUCAGGAAUCAGAAACCCAGGAAAUAUCCCCAGGAGAGAUUAAAUACCGCCUGGAGCCCCUGUCCAACAAAGCUCCACUCCUGAUGCAACCCCAACACUACUUCAGCCAGCACUACAAGUCUUCAAGGAUCCCCUACCUUACAACCUACCAGGAAUGCUACAAACCCUGGAAGAAAGAGCCUGCAUGUGCCAUGAGAAGUUCUCCUAUCCGGACUGUCUUCCAGAGCCACCCCCUUGGCCAGCUGGUGUUCCCAGUUGACAUUCAGGACAGAAAAACAGCUGCUGUGCGGCCAGGAUACAUGGAAUAUGGCAGCCGGUUUCAGAGGGACUACCCAGCUCUGCAGUCAAGUCAGCUUGUCAGACAUGACCCAGACAACAGCAACCAGAUGACCAACAAAGCUACCCAUAUAACGCAGAAGGAUAGCGCCAGUGGCGGCAAGCAGCCCACUGUGCGUCAGCCUCAGGAGAGCUGUCUGAGGAGGUCCAUCCUGGGCGAGAGGUGUACAGCCAAGGUUGACGAAGACACAGCAGCCACGAUGCUUUAUCUACCUCCUCCCAAAUCCCUGGUAAAAAGAGUCCUGGGACCCUCUAGAGCAUUCACAGUCUUCAAAACCAAGAUCCAAAAUGAAACGCCAAGCAAACAAUUCUCCCAGGUCUGCAAGACUCAGCCUCAAGGACACAAUGGCGAGUUCUAUAGCCGAGGCUGUGAGAAGGCCCUGGGUAUGAUUUCUCAGGCACCAGAUGAGGCUCAAGCUACCUCCAGGAACUUCUACAUGCCCCUGUUUGCUGAAAGGGUGAAUCUGUGUCAGCCUAAGGCCAACAGCAGCAAGUAUGACCACGGUAAACACUCUUUCGCCACUGAGCAAUGGAAAUACUUCAGGUCAGCCCAGCAGCCUGAAAGUCGACUCCAGAAGUGUUUAUACCAACAACAGGACUCAAAACUCAAAGAAACCAGGAGAAAGAAGCUGCCCAAAUAACCUAUACAAAAACACACAGUUCAGGGCACAUCUAACCAAGGUCAAACUUAAAUCAAGUCUCCAAACCUGACAGAUUUCUCACAAUACCCUAGCUUCAACCCUGCCCCAGUCCAGCUCUCUUUGACAUUGAGCAAGAGUGGGUGACCUCUUUAAAAUGCAUUGGUGCUGUGCACUCUUUGUCCUACAAGGUCAGAGUAUUGCAGGAAACCUUUUCUGUACCAUCAAUCAACUACAUUCUACAUGAGCUACAGGACAGUGUCUGCUCAUUGCUGCUUUUUGACGUUCUUAACUGAGAUGGAAUUGGUGUAUCAUAAAAUCCGCCCUUUACAAAGGU